UUUGUCACUUUAUAAAACAAACUCGGCCUUAGUAAGUAGCCUCUCCCGCGUCCAUGAGAUGGCCAAUCAACUCUGCUUUCUCUUCACUAUCUGUUCAUCGCCUACGUCUUCUUAUUCGAACAUGCGCUCGCCACUCCUCUCUCGACGUCGGCAAGAAACUCCACGCCGUUCUCAUCACCACCGGCGUGCUCACCUUGCCGGACUCUUUUCUCGGCAAUGCCCUCCUUCACCUUUACGCUGCGCGUGGCAGUAUCUCGUAUGCGCGCCAAGUGUUCGGUGAAAUUCCCAAUUCACACAAAGAUACUGCGGAUUGGACUACCCUGAUGGGUUGCUUUGCUCGUUAUGGGAUUCCCGAAAAUGGGCUUCGUCUAUUUGCUGAGAUGAGAAGAGAAGGCGUGAGAGUGGAUGGUGUGGCCUUGGUUUGCGUUUUCAAUACUUGUGCUCGGUUGGGCAAUGCUGAGGUUGGUCGUGGAACCCAUGGGUUUUUAGAGAAGACGGGUUUGAGUUCUAGUGUUAAAGUUUGUAAUGCAGUUAUGGAUGUGUAUGUUAAGUGCAGGCUGUUGAGCGAGGCGAGACGGGUGUUUGAAAAUAUGGAUGAACGGAGUGUUGUAUCCUGGACUGUAAUUUUGGAUGGUGAGGUUAACUUGGCAAGUGUUGGAAGUGGGAGAAUGGUGUUUGAUGAGAUGCCAGAAAAGAAUGAGGUUGCUUGGACUAUCAUGGUCGUUGGCUACAUUGCUAAUGGAUUUACCUGUGAUGGGUUUUCGCUUCUUGGCAAAAUGGUUUUUGGUUGUGGUUUGAAACUGAAUUAUGUUACGCUUAGUUCAACAUUGUCUGCAUGUGCAUUAUCAGGUGAUCUAAUGGUGGGCAGGUGGGUUCAUGUUUAUGCACUCAAAACAAUGGAGAAGAUAGAUAUAAUGGUGGAGACGGCGUUGCUUGAUAUGUAUGCAAAAUGUGGUAGAGUAGACACUGCAAGGAGAGUUUUUGAGCACAUGCCAAUAAGGAAUGUUGUGGCUUGGAAUGCUAUGCUUAGUGGGUUAGCCAUGCAUGGAAGGGGUAAAUCUGUCUUGGACUUGUUUCUCCAGAUGGUUAAAGAAGCCAAGCCAGAUGAUUUAACCUUCACUUCCUUGUUGAGUGCUUGCAGCCACUCAGGCCUUGUUAAAGAGGGUCACCAUUACUUCCAUAAUCUUGAAUCACUAUAUGGCAUAACGCCUAAGAUAGAACAUUAUGCUUGUAUGGUGGAUCUCUUGGGCAGGGCAGGUCAUUUAGUAGAGGCUGAGGUUUUAAUUCGAAAAAUGCCAAUGCCUCCAAAUGAAGUUGUACUGGGUUCUCUUCUUGGAUCCUGCAGUAUCUAUGGAAAGCUACAGCUAGGUGAACGUGUCCUAAAAGAUCUGGUUCAAUUGGAUCCGCAGAACACAGAGUAUCAUAUCUUGCUUUCCAACAUGUAUGCUUUAGAUGGAAAGCGAGACCAGGCAAAUUCCCUUCGGCAUGUUCUCAAGUAUAGGGGCAUCAGAAAGGCUCCAGGAAUAAGUUCAAUUUAUGUUAAUGGCCAAGUUCAUCAGUUCUGUGCUGGAGAUAAGUUUCAUCCACAAAUCACAGAGGUUUAUACUAUGUUGGAUGAGAUGAUUCGAAGAUUGAGAUUGGCUGGUUAUGUUCCCAAUACCGCUUCCCAAGUUUUUCAUGGUUGUGAUACUACUAGGAAGAAUGACACUGAUGAGGUAGAGGAGAUAGAGCAGGCUUUGUUCUCUCACAGUGAGAAGCUGGCUGUGUGUUUUGGGCUCUUGACCACAAGAAGUAAUUCACCACUUUACAUCUUCAAGAAUCUACGCAUAUGCUUAGACUGUCAUUCAGCAAUGAAGAUGGUUUCCACUGUAUACAAUAGAGAAAUUGUUGUCAGAGAUCGAAACCGUUUCCAUUGUUUCAAGCAAGGUUCCUGUUCUUGUUCUGAUCAUUGGUAACUUUAUAUACUAGUGUAAAGUAUGGCUGUGUUGAUUAAUCCAUGGUAACUACAUUAUUUCCACUUUUUAGUUCGAGUUUGGCGAAUUCACACUUCCAUUUGUAAUUCAAAUUAAUGAUGUUGAAUGAAGAACAUUCAUCAACCAAUGAAUCAAAAAGUCAAAGAAAUUGUAUAAUUGAAGAGAGGCAAUUUAGAGUGGGCUAAUGUGUUUAUCAUGUGGGACUUUUUAUCUCUAAUAGACCUCUCAUUAUUUGGGGGAAGAAAAUACUAAAAUAAUUAGAAAUAAAAACCAGAAAUCUUGCUUGUAAUUUAUACAGGGCAUAAGUGCAUAACAUAUUCUAUUACUAUUAUAUGAAAUGAUCGGCGGACUUGAUCAGCAGAUCAAAGAAAUCAAGGAGGUAUUUCAUGUGCAUUCUUAAUUUUUUAAUUCCCUAUUUUUUCCACAUUAAGGUAUGUCUUGACUACUGUAUUGGUUUAUUUGAUUGAUUAUUAAUCCUUGAAUUGUAAUUUCGAUCUCAGGUCAUUGAGGUUCCAAUCAAACAUCCUGAAUUGUUUGACAGCCUUGGAAUAGCUUAACCAAAGGAUGCCCUUCUGUAUGGGCCAUCUGGUACGGGGAAAACACUUUUGGCUUGGGCUGUGGCUCAUCAUACUGAUUGUACCUUCAUCUGGGUAUCCGGUUCUGAAUUAGUUCAGAAAUACAUUGGAGAAGGCUUUAGAAUGGUUGGAGAACUUUUUGUCAUGGCGAGGGAGCAUGCUCCUUCUAUUGUUUUUAUGGAUUGAUAGUAUUGGUCUGCUCGAAUGGAAUCUGGAAGUAGCAAUGAGACAGUGAGGUGCAGCAGACUAUGUUGGAGCUUCUCAACCAGCUGGAUGGAUUUGAAGCAUCAAACAAGAUCAAGUAUUAUAUGGAUUCAGGCUAUAUAUCCACUCAAAAGACGUGUGAUUAACACAAUUAGUGACAAAAACAUUUCUCUAAUAUGCACCUCUGACUGGUUUUGAUGGCAACAAGUCGUAUUGAUAUACCGGAUCAAGCACUCCUUAGGCCCGGGAGAAUUGACAGAAAGACUGAGUUUCCCAAUCCUAAUGGGGAGGUGAGUCCUGUACUUCUAGUGGGAUAGGCGCUGAAUGCUUUUAAUCUGGCUUUAGCAUCCUUAAAAGAAUUCAAUUUAUCAAUCAGUAGACUUCCUGCAUUGCAUUAAUAAAGAGUGUUACUGGUUAUUUCCA